UGUGUGUGUAUAUAAACCUCGUUUGCAUCGGCAACGCGAAGAAGAGCAAGAACAUUUGCAGUGUGUGGAUUUUUCUCUCCUUCGUAAAGGAUUUACCGCAUUUACGGCAAAUAGUAAUUUUGUUUUAUUCGUUUCCUUUUGCACACCGCUAAUAGUUGGUCACCAUGGAGAAAGUAGACGACGACAAAAGCCGCAGAUCACCGGCGGAGAAAAGUUCAAAGAAGAAAAGUGACCGCAAGUCUCGUUCUCGCACACGCAGCCGUAGCGCCAGCCGUACGGAUAAGCGGCGCAGCCAUUCUAGGAGUCCGAAUUAUCGCCGGCGGCACGGCGGUAGCUCUUCCAAUCGAAAGCGUUCUCGCAGUCCGCCAAUGUACCGCUCCAGGCGUAGAUCACACGACCGUGGUCCACCGAUGCGCCGACAUGGGCACGGACGUCGGCGUAGCCGGUCGCCGGGUAUGGGUGCAAGAGGCGUUGUUGAUGGUAGCGGAAUGCAGAUGGGCAUGAUGGUCGGUAACCAGGGAGGUGGUUCGUACAUGAUGCAGGGAACGAUGUAUGACCCUGCCUUCUAUGGAGGGUACGGCAAUAACGGUGGCUACAUGGGUGGAUACGGUGCGUAUGAUUACGGUAUGGUAUCCGCCGGAUAUGGCACUGGAACGAUGAUGGAUCCAUCGCAGGCAAUGAUGAUGGGUGGAGGAGGCGUACAGACCGAGUGGGAUCAUGCUCCCAUGCAACCGAUUGUACAGGAAACGGAGGAGGAGAAACGCAAGCGCGAAGCGGCAGUCACGUUAGAGUUGCUGAAUCAGCGAGCUGCUAUGAAAAAACAACGCGACGACUACAAACAACGCGCGGGUGCACUGAAGCGUGAACUGAAAACGCUGAAAGAGCAACGGUCUGAUCUUUGCUCGGGACGUGAACCACCCUCACCGACAACGAACGUUUUUAUCAAUGAAAAUGACAAAUUGCAGUCUCAAAUACAGGACAAGAUCAAAACGAUCGAAAAUGUUAUCGACAUGCUGGAUGGGAUCAUUGCUAAAGAUAGAACACCGUCACCGCCACCAGGUAUGCUGUUACCCGGUACAAUGGCACCGCUACAUACCAUUCCGGACGCAAUGGGCACAACGUCACCCACUGCUGGUACGCGCGAAAGUGAUGGUGGUGAUGCAAAUCGUCGCACAUACCGCAACCCAUCACGUUCACCCCGUCCCGACGGUGGUGGUAGUACGCUUGAUCGUGCCCGAUCGGAGUCGCCAUCCCCUGAACGGUUAAAGAAUGAAGUCCUGGAGAGUAUGCAUGCACGCGGGAAACGUAAACCAUCAGAUCAAAGACAAGCUGAUCAUGCCGAUGGCAAACCGAAAAAGCCCCCGUACAAUUACGUUCAUUAUGAUUCCGAGCUGCACUGGUGCGCUAGCUGCAACGUGUUCCCGAAAACAGCCAGAGAGUAUCUGGCGCAUUUGCACUCGGAACAGCACCAAAACCGGAUGAUCAUUGAUGAGGGCUCGUCCGAAGACCAGAAGCUGAAAGUAGCACCAUGGCGUGCACAGCUGGACACUGACGAUAAUAUGCUUAACACGGAGGCACCGACCAAAAGGGUACCGAUACGUGGUUUAGAAUUUUUCAUUCCAGCUACGGCCUGGUUCUGCAAGUUGUGCAACUAUUGGAUGGGUGAUCUCCACUGUGCUUCGUGGCAUUUAAAAUCACAAAGCCAUGCCGAAGCGUACAGCAAAUAUGUCAACGGCCAUAAAAACUAUGAAAUGGAUUGGAUGGCGGAUCGACAAACAGCAUUUGAAGAGUACGGAGAAUCGAACCAAGGAGGUGAUGGAGAUAUUCCUGCUCCACCGCCACCACCAACAGCCGAAGAGCUUCGGCUUGCUGCCUCGGGUACACAGUCCAACAAAUUGCUAGAGGCUUCUUCAUCUUUCCACAUUCUACCGAAAAGCUCCAACCAGGAACGCAAUGCAUCAUCCCCGGCGGUAGAAAGUAUCCGGUCGUCCGCGACAAAGGCAGAGGUGCAAGGUUCAGCCUCAAGUGCGUCUAAAAAGACAAAAAAGAAGAAAUCUCGCAAAGAAGAUCGAAAAGAAAAGAAGAAAAAGAAGCGAACAAAGAAAAGAAAGCGAGCAGCUGCGUCGUCCAGUUCAUCGUCCUCUUCGAGCAGUAGUUCGGAUUCAUCCGAUUCGGAUUCCGAGUCAGGUUCGGAUAAAGGCAGCAAGGAAAGUGCAAAGAACGAAAACCCAAUUCAUGCAGCCAUGCGUAAUAUUUUGAACGCUAAGGAGAUGAAUGCGAGAGAAGUAGCGGCAGCUGUCGCUGCAGUUGCUGCUGCUGCUGCUAAACCGAAUGCUAAUGAGGAUGCUACGGGCAGUGCAGCUAAGGCGGACCAAAAUUUAGGUAAAUGGACGGUUGUUCAUCCGGCACAGGAAAGAAAAAUGGCUUCAUCCAAAGGACUAGCUGCUACGCCAUCGGCAGUAGCACCUCCGCCACCUGCAUCGAAUUUUGCACAAGUUGCAUCCAACUCCUCUGGCCUGGACGUUGACGACAAGAAGCGCAGCGGACGUGACGAGGAACGGGAUCGAGACCGCGACAGAGAUCGCGAAAGGGAUAGGCGCAGUGUAGACCGUCGAGAUCGUUGGGAUCGACGAGACAGUCCGGACCGUUACGGUGGACGUGACCGUGACCGGGGUAGAAGACACGAUUAUCGUGACUAUCGUGAUCGACGCGAUCGACGUCGUAGCCGCUCGAGAGGACGUAGAAGCCGCAGUGGUAGCGGUAUGGGACGUCGAUUCCGUCGGCGAUCGUACUCCCGUUCACGCACACCGCGUUCUCGAUCGCGUAGCCGGUCCAGAUCAAGCCGUGGAAGUCAUCGAAUUAUCGAAAAACCAGUUGUAAAUUUUCCGCCGCAACCGAAACCGAUUAAAACGGACAAGAAGGGUACGAAAUCAUCGGGCAAAGCAUUUGGCCGUUCGGAUGAUGGAGGUUCGUCUAGCAAAAAGAUCAAAUCUACCUCGAGUGGAUCUGUCAAGGAAAACAAUAGCGAAAAAGGUGCGUUACCCAAGAAGCUUCCCUUUAUCGGUCGCAUGCCUGUAUUUAAGAAGCAGCAGGCGGAAAAUGCUAAGAAGGAAGAAGCGGCCGCUGCAGCAGCUGCUGCCGUACCGAACGCCGAAGAAAGCAAUGAUGCCGUUGACGAGCAACAUGGGGAAUUGGUUAGUUCAGAAGUGAAUGAGUUGGCUGCUGCAACAAUGGUCACUGCAGGUGAUGCUAAUGAAGCUGCUACAGCUUUGAUGAUGAUGCCGGCACAAGAAGGCGUAUAUGAUUCCCAAAUAGUACAAGGAACGGAUGCUUACCAGUACGCGGAAUUACAAAUGGGAGAAACAAUAACACCCCAAGACAUGGAUGUGGCUAGUGGGGAAGAGCAAACAGGAGAGGAGAAUGCGGUGAGUCAGGAGGACAUCAAUGCCGAGCCAACUCUUGCCAACACCGAACAGGAUCCCGACGCAUACGUGACAGCAGAUGGGCAAGUACCGCUACCGAAAGAUUUUCAGGAAGCACUGGACAUCAUUUACGAUGGUGGCGAUAAACCAAAGCGGGCUGAUGUGAUUGCGAAGGAAGCAGCUGCCGCAGCUGCAGCAGCAGCAGCCGCCGCUAAACCACCUGAAAUAGUGCCCAAUCCGCACGAGCCAGGAUCUAUAAUGCCGGGGAUGGGCGCACCUAUGAUGAUGGACCAUGAUCAACCGCACAUGAUCGUCCCUGAAGCGAUCGAUAUGUAUAAUCAGCAGUACGCUCUCGAAUAUGGUAUGCAGUCGGCGGCAUAUCUUGCGGCAACUGGUGCCAUGAUGACCAUGGGCCACGGUGUCGUACCGGCGGAGAUGCAUUACGUGGAGGAUGAAUCGCAAAAUCAACCGCUUGACAAUAUGAUGUACGGUGCAAUGCAUUCCGCCACGGACGCGGCGGCAAUAAUGCACCAUCACCAGCAGAUGGUGGCUGCUGGUGCACUUGAUCCAAAUGCUGCAGCCUAUGCUAUGGCAAUGGUUGCCGGUGGUGGAUAUACGCCAGAAAUGAUGGCCAUGCACCAUCAAGCAUCAAUGGGAGUUACGGACGGUAGCGUAAUGAUGGAGGGACAGGCGACUUCAGGAAAUGUUUUGAAUGAAGUAUAUCCUUCGGAAAGUGCAACUGUAAAAGAGAAUGAAGCUGCUGGAGCUGGCACAGAGGAACCUGCAAAGGGCCAAAACGAAGAAGGUUCGGUUGAAAAUAAUUCCGAAGAAAAAAGGACAAAAAUAGUGGAAGGAAAAGAUACUGCAGAUGAGAAGGCCGUCGAAGCACCAGCUAUGCAGCAAUCAGUAGAAGAACAAGUUUCCUAUGCGGAACACGAGCAGCAAAUUGUAAAUGAAAAGGAAGUAGAAGAUAGAAAAGCUUUAGAAGAAGUCAGUUCUUACCCGAAACACGGGCAGCAUGUUGCAAUCGAGGCGUCAGAAGAGGCAGAACCACAGGAAAUAGUAGAAGAACGUUUUUCUUACUCAGAACAUGUUGAGCAUGUUGUAAACGAUUCGCCAGAUGAUGCAGAACCAGAGCAAACAGUAGAAGAAGAAGCGUAUUCCUAUACGGAACACGACCAGCAUAUUGUAAAUGAAGCAUCUGAAGAGGCAGAUCAAGAACAAGAUGCAGUCUACUCCUAUGCGGAAGACGAGCAUCAUGUUGUAGAAGACGUACCAGUAUCUGACAACGACGGAGACGAGUGCAUCGAAAUGCCCAUGGGAGAACACUACGUUGAAGAUUCUAUGCAAUCGAAUGAAAACCAAGAACAGCCUGCAUCGGUAGAAAAUUGCGAAGAAGAAGUACUGUCGUCGAAUGAAGCAUUCGGACGAGAAGAAGCUACAUCAGAAGAGGACGAUGUGGAACAGGUGCUAACUUCGGAGGAAUAUUAUGAACAAUCCGAACCAAUGCAGUCAACGCAAUCCAUACUGGAUAGCAUGAUGGCCGCUGCUAUGUGCAACUACAUUGAGGAAGAAGUUGCUGAGGAACAUUCGCAGGAUUCUUAGGCAUUCAACAUUCAAGACAAAGCCGUAAAAGAAAGGAUUUUAUGCUUCUUCUGUGGUGUAACGACCUCCUAGAACCGUCUCUGCCAUACAUUGGUUUACCAGAUAGGCCGAACAGUCAGGUCUUAUCACGCGUUGGUUUAUCCAGAACAAAGCAAACCGCGAAAUGUUAGACACGUGAUUACAAACUUAUCACAGCAAAAUAUGAUCAACAUUUUAAAUAUAUAUCUGGUCAGAUAAUUUUAAUUCCGGUAUUUUGCAUUCAAGUUGACGAUCGCUGUUAUUUGUAAACGGUACACAAUAGGAAUAAAUAAUGAAUCAAAAUAAAAUUAUGCUUACCAUCGGUAGCACAAGCGGAAAUCA